AUGAAUAUAUCGCUGCUAAUAUUUACAUUAUUAUGUUGUUCACAAGCAGCCUCCGAUGAUGUGCAAAAAGCAGAAAACUCGUCCGCAAUUCUGGAAGCGCUCAAUGCGACAACACUGCCAGCGGCUAACGUACCCGAGCCACUUGUCUCUCCAAAUACGACAAUGAUCCGUCAACCGAGUAUAUUCGGUAUGCGAGUUGAGCUACCAGCCGAAGAUCCAUUUGGUUAUGACAAACACGGAGUAUGUAUCGUCACUCCCGACGAGCAAUUCAAAGUUGUGAUCUAUGGCAAUCAUUUGGAUAAAAUUGCUCAGCUUAUGUUUACUCCGACAAACAACUGUACUGACGGAAAACAUGUCGUCGACGCCACUAACGAUUUCAUCGUUCAUUUCACACACAAGGCUACAUUCCAUCUAAUGCUACCAAUGCUUCCGGAAAGCAUUCAUGCGUACAAAAUGUGUGUUAAACCGAAAGGUGCUCCGCUAGGGUUGGAACUGAGUCCGCUUGACGAUGUAUCCACAUGGAUUACAACAGAGAAACCACCAAAAGAGUACUUCUUGCCGUUGCCAGUACAGAUAAUGGUGAUUGCAUUUCUUCUCAGCCUCUCAGCUCUAUUCUCAGGUCUCACACUUGGCCUUAUGUCGUUAACUCCUCAGGAGUUGGAACUUGUCAUGAAAGCUGGUUCACCAAAUGAACAGAAAUAUGCUUCACUGAUUUUGCCGAUAAGAAAGAAAGGAAAUCUUCUUCUUUGUGCUCUUCUUCUGGGUAACGUUAUAGUAAAUGCUGCUAUUUCUAUUCUAUUCGGUCAAUUGACUACUGGUCUGCUGGCUCUUCUUGUUUCAUCGCUUGGAAUUGUCAUUUUUGGCGAGAUCGUACCACAGAGUAUAUGUGUCAAGAAAGGUUUAGCUGUUGGUGCACAUACAAUAAUGAUAACGCAAAUAUUUAUAUUUAUCACUUAUCCCAUAGCAUGGCCUGUAAGCAAAUUAUUGGAUUAUUUGCUUGGCGACGAAUAUCAAGCUUAUGACCGGAAGCGUUUGAUGGAAUUGAUUCGUAUGUCUAUCAAAGAUGAUGAUGGAAUGGUGUCGAAUGAGUUGAAGAUUGCAGUUGGUGCGAUGGAAAUAGCAGAUAAAGUAGUAGAGGAUGUCAUGACGAAGUUGGCGGAUGUAUUUAUGAUACCCGACACAACUGUACUCAACACCAAGACCGUGGCCGAAAUAGUCAGAAUGGGCUAUACUAGAAUUCCUGUCUACUCUGACGGUGACAAAAAUAACGUUACUGAUCUUUUAUUUGUCAAGGAUUUGGCUCUUCUUGACCCAGACGACAACUUUACUGUCAAGACCGUAUGUGGCUAUCACAAGCACCCUGUAAAGUUUGUCUUCAAUGACACACCAUUGAGUAUUCUGCUGGAAGCAUUCAAGAAGGGAGAAGGACAUUUGGCUAUGGUAAAACAACUCAACAGUUCUGAAGACCAUGAUCCUACUUAUGAAUUGGUUGGUGUGGUCACACUUGAAGAUAUCGUCGAGGAGAUCUUGCAAGCGGAGAUCAACGACGAGUUCGAUGUUGUCUCGGAUAAUGUGAAUAAAAUCAAGAGGAAAAAUCUUCAGCAGCGUGACUUAUCCAAACUGUAUGACAAGGACGCUCCACAAGUUCAGAUUUCACUACAGAUGCAAAUGGUAGCACUCCAAUGGUUAGUGGCAAAUGAGGAAGCUUUUUCAUCGACCUACAUAGAUAGCAAUGUAUUGGAGCGUUUGAUAAGAAACUGUGCAAGAAGGGUUGACAUCUCUGCCAUUAUGGCGAUGUCUCAUGAUGAAGUGAAUGUACCCAGACUAGCGAAGCUUUACACCAAAGAUGAAAUCAGUGAUCGUUUUGUUCUUAUCCUGGAAGGUCGCGUGCAAGUCACCAUUGGACAGAGCGGAAUGAUGUUUGAAGCCGGUCCUUGGCACUGUUUUGGUGGUGAAAUAUUGAAGAAACUGGUACAAGGGGCUGCCACCUUAAGUAGAAGUACCUCAAUUGUUGAUACGUCUGAUCUCUCUUGUCGCCGUCCCGAUCUCAUGUUCAAGCCUGACUAUUCCGUUGUUGUGAAAGAAGAUUGUACUUAUCUAGAUGUUAGCGUUGCCGCUUAUAUUAAUGCCUAUAAGUCAACACUUAUGCAAAGAGAAAAAGGCCGAGACGACAUGUCUAUAGAUGGCGUACCCCUGUCCUCUUGUUCCCCUUCACCACCUACAAAACGGAAGAACACUCAUUCAAAUUCAGUUAGAAAAGAGGAAGAGAUGAGCUUACUGUUAUCCGACUCAAAGCUCCUAGAAAACGUCUAACUUAUACUGUACAUACAGUAUUUAUUCGUUGUUCAGACUUUAUCUUUUACGGGUACACAUUUGAUUGAAGUUGUUUAUGAAUCCUUGGACUACAGUUGCCACAAUCAGGAAUUUUUUGCCUUUCGUAUCAAUGAUAGCGUUUAUUAUAGUUCACUGAUCUCAAAUCUCAGAUUGUUGACUGUUUUUAGUAUCAAGAAUUUGCCAGCAUUAUUUCAUUCUGUAACUUACAUUCUAGCAAUGUGUCUGUGAAUUUGUGAAACCAGACAUGUUAAUUAGUGCC